AUGACGCUGCGCCGCUGCUUGAUGCGCGGAACGCGGCUGGUCGCGACGCUGGCCCCUUACACAGCAUCUCAAUACUGUCCAGCGGGCGGACAGCGUCUCUUCUUUGCACGUGCGGAUGCACUGCGGCAAGCGGCGGCCCCUGGCAGCGAAACGGCGCCGUCUGUUGGGGCGGCAAAUGCAGGGGCGGCAUGCAUUAGUGGCGGCGGCGCGCCCUCGCUGCUGGACGGCCUGCUUACAAGCAAUCAGUUCACCCAGGGCGGCUUGACGCUCAUGGUCGUGGGCGCAUGCCUGGCGGCGGCUCGCAGCGCGCUGCUGCACGGGGUUAUGUACUGGCUGUCGCAGCAGCCGUCGUUCCGCGACAGCCGCUGCGUCUCGGUGCACACAUCCCUGGGGAGCACGUUCGGCACCAGCGUGCCGGCCGCGCUGCAGCAGGCCGGCGCCGCCGCGGACGCGCCGCCGAGCGCGCGUCUUCGUCGCGGGCUGGGCGGGCUGCUGAUGGAGACGCUCCAUCUGGCCACCAUCGGCACGUCGCGGCUGCCCCUCGAGCAGCUGCUGCUCGAUGCGGCCGACUCGUACCGCAGCAGCCAGCGGCAGCGGACGGGCGUCUGGAGCGUGGACCAGGACGGCUACUGGCAGCAGGUCGGCAGCCGCCCAGUGAGGCCGCUCUCAUCAGUCGUACUGCCGCAGGGCCAGGUGAUGGGCCUUGCGGGUGCCCUGCAGCUGGACAUAUACGCCAUCACCCUGUCCAGCCCCGCCAUGUCGGAUGAGAUACUGAGGGGGCUCCUCAACCAGGCCGGCGCCCGCGCCCUGCUGCUGUUGGAGGACGUCGAUGCCGCCUUCACGCAGGCCCGCGCGGCCGCAGACGGCGGCGGCGGACGGCUGACGUUCAGUGGGCUGCUCAACGCGAUUGACGGGGUGGCGGCGCAGGAGGGCCGGUUGGUGUUCAUGACGACUAAUCACAUUGAGCGUCUCAACGAGGCGCUGAUUCGCCCCGGCAGGGUUGACGUGCGCUGCAAGUUUGACCACGCGAGCCGCGAGCAGAUCGAAGAGCUCUUCUUCUCAUUCUACGCCGACAUGCCGCAAGCAGCCGCCCCCAAGGCCGCCGCCACGCCCAUCACUGCCACGCUUGCGGCAGCCUCCGCAGCACCCCUGGGCAAGGCAGCCCCCCCAUCACCCCCAGGGACCCCCGCCGACUCGCCUGUCGAGACCGCCUCGGCACCCGCUGCACAGGCAGUGGCUGCCGACUUCACAACGCCCCCAACGCUCGAGCCCCUCGACCACCCGUCGCCCGGGGCCGCGGCGCCGGCCGCGCGGGGCUUGGGCCUGCAGCCGGCGCAGCUGCGCAGCAUGGCGCGCGCGUUCGGCGAGGCGCUCGGCCCCGCGCCGUCUGUGAGCAUGGCGGCGCUGCAGGGCUGCCUCAUGCGGUUCAAGCGGGACCCGGCCGGCGCGGUUGCGGCGGCGGGGAAGCUUGUAGAGGGGGCCGGCAAGGGCGGGUCAAGGGGCGGCUGA